AUGCUAAGUCUGGAUCAAUACUCUAUCCAUGCGCAGCUGCCUGAAGAGCUUGAGCUACUCUCCUUAACCCGUCUCGAACUUCUAAAGAUUUCCAGCUGUAAAGGGUUAUUCAGCUUGCCCGAAGACUUCGGAUGCCUGACUGCCCUAAAGACUUUGGUUCUGGAGCACCUUCCACUCGCGGAUCUCCCUCAAUCCGUGUGUCGUCUCUCGUCACUGGAAACGCUGUUUUUGAUCCAUUGCCCGGAGAUUCGCGAAUUGCCGGUGGGAUUCUGCUGCCUGACAGCUGUCAAGACGCUGUGGCUCGUGGAGUUGCCUCACAUCAUGCUUCCAGCGUGUAUCGGAGGGUUCAAACAGCUCCAGACUUUUUACCUGAAUGACAAUCAGACGCAGCUGCUGCUUCCAUCCUCUUUCACUCAACUAUCUUCCCUGUCGCGGUUGGAACUUAAUAGCUGCUCGCUUCUUCAACUUCCGGAGGACAUUCAGAAGCUAAGCAGCUUACGAGAAUUAUUCAUCAUUUCCUGCCAGAUUGAGGAGCUUCCAGAUUCGUUGACGGGCAUUUCUGGUCUUGAAAUCCUGGCCGUUAAUUGCUGCGCAAGGCUACGAGCUGUACCAUCCGGGCUGGAUGCUUUCUCAAGGCUUGAAGUGCUGAAGUUUGAGGAAUGUGAGAACCUGACGGAAUUGCCUGAAUUCCUGCCACAAUCUCUUGAGGAGCUCAACCUUGGGAACUCCAAAAACGUCACACCUCUGCCGAAUGUCACCGUGCUGCCAAAGCUGAGGACGCUGAACCUGAAACUGGUUGAGGUUGCUUGGGCCGUGACAGCCAGCAAGGGCUUAUCUCGUCUGGAGCAUCUGUAUCUGGAGUCGUGUAACGCCAGGAAGCUUCCAUUUCCGUUGGUCUACCUUUCCCAGCUUCGUACUUUGACAAUUGGGAGCUCCUGGAGGGUGAAGGCGCUCCCGAAUUUUGGGCCCUCGAUGGUGCAGCUGCGCCAGCUGCGAAUUCACGAUGUCAAUGAGCUGAAAGAGCUGCCAGCAAAUAUUGUGGAGCUUCCGCGUUUGACGAUUCUGGAGGUUCAUGCUGCGAAGCUGGUUUCUCUUCCUGAAAAUCUGGGUGCCUUAUCCAGGCUGCAAGAGCUGAACCUGUCCAAAUGCUCUGCCCUAGAGCAUCUGCCUGCUUCUGUGACCCAGCUCGCCUUUCUUUGUCGCCUGGAUGUGGAAGACAGCCUGAUCCGCUCACUGCCGCCUGGGUUUGAACGGUUGGUCAGGCUCCAUUCACUGAACCUGAAGGGCUGCAAGCAGCUGGAAUCACUGCCUGAGAAUUUCACCCAGCUCAAUAUGCUGCGGGACCUUUAUGUUGAGGGGUGUUCUAAGUUACUUGAUGCUGAAGGUUUUGUGCGUCCUCGUGGCGUGGAUGGGAUGAUAGGUUUGAAAAUAUUCAAUAUGCGUUAG